AUGUUCAAACCUAAGGGAAAUCCGGGUCGGAGAAAAUCGUUGAGUUUGAAUAACCUGACGUCUGAAGAACAUUACCCAGACAUUAAGUCAAGACUCUCAAGAAUACGACUAUCACAGCUUUUUCGAGGAAAAGGUGAAGUAAAGGGAAGAAUUGACCCAGAACUUGAAGUCAAUCAAAGAAUUGUAACAUUUAUCGACGACUAUGAAUCCAGAGGGACUGUUCGUUAUAUUGGUGAAGAAAAAGACUCCAAUGGAAACGUUCAAAACAUUCUUGGCCUGGAAAUGGACGAAAGUUUCAGCAUAGGUGGAUGUGGAAGAAGGAAUGGGAGACAGCUAUUCACUUGUGAAGAUGGUUUUUCCAUGUUUAUUCCUCUGGAAUCUGUUAUGCUAGAGAGAGAGUUUGACGCUGAACAUAAAGAGUCUGAAACACCGGAUGAGGAAGAGAGUUCUGAGAAAUUCGAUUCGCAGUCCGACGAUGAUUCAUCAGAAACGGGUCCUGGUCUUGGGGCACAGUUGGAUGAAGAAACAACGCAUCAAAACAAUGGUAUUUCGAAACAGCAAGUAAGAGAGGAACCAGAAACUUUUCUGAACAAAGUACUUCAAGAAAGUGAGAAAGAGCAAGAGACUGCACUUCAACUAACGCAGGCUGCCGAAGAGGAUUACCAGGAAGAUUUUUCCAUUACAGCUGUUAGAUUCCACGACGGAGAGAAAGAGGAAGAGCGACGAAAGGAGAAUUUUUGUUCAGGAUUAAGUGACACUGAACAGAGAUUAAGAGAGGAACUUACAAGAACAGAAAUUAGAGUAGUUUUGUUAAGCAAUCAGCUCUCAAGAAAGCAUCAGGAUGCGGAAAACUUUCAGAGACAAAUUCAGAAGAUGGAGCAACAGUUGACAGUAAGAGAAGAUCGAAAAGAGAAUUUUAGAACACAACUAGAUAAGGAGCAAAGAUUGCGAGCGGAAUUAAACGAAAGAGAAACGACAGAAAUUCUGCUACGAAAGCAGCUCAGAGAAAAGGAUUGUCAAGAAGUAAGUCUCCAAAGAACACUAUGUGAGAUGCAAAAGCAACAACUGGAGGAGAAAGUUAAGGGAGAUGAAACUUUAGGAGAACAAUUUCAGGAAAUGGAACGCAGGUUGAGGGAAGAAAUAACUGAAAAAGAUGCAAGACAAGUAGUUUUGUGUGAAAAGAUCACCGAAAAGGACCAGCAGUUGACGGAGAUGAUACAACAAUUGACAGUGACAGUGGAGCGGGAAGAAGAUCUUAAGACGCAGCAGUUUAUCGGAGCGACUAAUGACGAGGAAAUUCCAUUGUUUGUUACUGAGCUGAUGGAAUCAAAUUUGCGCGAGCUACUGGAACAACGACCUCUUUCCCGUGAGGAAAUCAUCGUAAUUUCGCUCGAUGUGGCUCGAGCGUUGAACUACCUCCACCAAAAGAAACCUUUUCCUAUUUUUCACCGCGAUGUUAGUAGCGGCAAUGUGCUGCUGUGGCGACAGGCUAACCAGUGGCGAGGCAAAGUGUCAGAUUAUGGUUCUGCUAAGUUUGAGGAACAGUUCAUGUCAAUUGGCCCAGGAUGUUUCGCCUACAGUGCACCUGAAGUGCAGAUACCAGCAAAGCAGACAGCAAAGAUUGAUGUCUACAGUUUCGGUGUUCUCCUCUGUGAAAUGUGCAUUCAGAAAUUCCCAGAGUAUCAAAACCGUGAACGUCAAAUCGCUCAGAUGACAGACCAGGUAUUGCAAGACCUCGUCCGCCGAUGUCUGCGGUCAGAUCCCACUGAAAGACCAGACAUGACAGAGAUUAUCAGUACACUGGAAGAGUUCAAUAAAACGUUACAACUCAACAUUGUGCAAGCAAAGCACAGCGUGUUUUGGGAGAGAAGUGAUUCUGUUGUUUCUGGCAUUUUCAGGUGGAUCAGGGAUACCGGGGUAAUCAUUGAAGAAGAUAUGGAUGAAGCAAGCACUCGAGGUUAUUAA